UUAUAAAAUAAACUCCAUCAAAAAAAUAUAUAUUUUUACAUUUAUCGUAUCGUAUCACAUUUAUGAUAUCACGUACUUGUACUUACAUACGAAAUAUAUACGCGUUCUAAUACAUAUCUUUCAUAAUUAUAUCAUAUAUUAUUCGAAACAUGUCUGCAAAUGAGGAGAAUAUUAAUUUAAGAAAUAAGAAGAUUGCAAAUACUUUUUAAAUUAUGAUCAUAUAACCUAACAACUUAUCUCUGAUUAAAGCAUCAAAACGUGCAAACAGUAAAACAUACACAAAGUCAUGGCAUCGGGGUAAUGUUAUUAUAUAUGGUUUAAAACGAAAUCAGUCACAGCUGAAACGCGAAAGUGUACUAGUAAUACAGAGACUGAUUUGGAUGCGAUAACGUGCGUUUUAACUUUUUACUAUUAUAUAAUGGCUUUAUCUUUCUUGUCUACUUUAAUAUAAAAAUUUAGCAAUUAAAAUCGUACAAAGAUCGACUUUUGAGCAGUACUUUGAUAGAAACAGUCGGAACAAUAAUCAAUUGAUUAAUGAAAACAGGAAUAUAACAAAAAUCUGAUGGAAUAUAACGAAAAGGAAGGGCAAAUAUAAUUUCAAGAGCUUUGUCACAUUACAAGAAUAUAAUUCUUACAGUUCUGAUAAAUAUUUAGAAGACCUGUGCACAAAUUUGAUUAUCCGCCGGUUUCUGUUCAUCGUUAUAUCAGUUCUGCAAAAAAGAAAUAUUUUAAUUGAUAAAAGAAUGGCCAAAUUCAAAAUUUCCGCACCUGGUAGAAUUGUCUUAACCGGAGAACACAUAGCAUUACAUGGAAAAACGUUUCUUGCGACCAGCUUAAAUCUCCGUACCACUCUCGAAUUCUACGAACUACCUAAUACGCCAAAAAAUAUUAAGAUUGAAUUCCCUAAUGUUAAUCUAUAUCAAGAUAUAUCUUUAAAUUUAGUUAAACCCUUUUUUUCGCUUUCAAAUGUUAAAGACAUAAUCUCAAAUCCACUGAACUUGCGUGAAUACGUGAGAUACUUGAUCACCGUUGAAAAAUGUAUGUGGACGGCACAGCACGAGCUAUAUAGCUUAGAGAUAUUCUUUUUCUUGCUUUAUUAUAUCGCUCACCGUGAACAUCUCAAGAUAAAACCUUUUUACAUAAAAGUGUCCACGGAAUUACCCGUUGCCGCUGGUCUUGGUAGUUCGACAUCGUUCGCGGUUUGUCUCGCAGCGUGCUUUGUUCACUGGAAGCAUGUACAAAGUGGUAAUUACAAUUUUAAAUUUGAUGAUGCUGAUUUGGAGUCGAUUAAAACAUACACUGAAUUCUGCGAAAAAAGUACGCAAGUGUAUGCAUUUGGGGUCGAUGCCCAUGUUUGCACAUACGGCAAAGUAGUAAAAUGUCGACGUACCGAUCACAAAACAUAUAAUAUAGAUUCCCAAGAUAUGGAAGAGAUGGAAAAAAUGCCAAUUAUACUGAUCGACUCAAAGUUUUAUCAUUCUAAGACCUUACGUGCGGAACAAAUAAUGAAGAACGCUGUGGCUACCGAUUUUGAUAAUAUAUUAAAUACAUUAGAACUCCAAGCAAUAAAUAUGUUUCGCCAUCUUAAGAAAAUAAGUGAUAUGAUGGAAAAGUCCAUUUUAAAAGGAGAAUCGAUUAGCUUCGAUUACGUGAUGCCUCAUCUCAUAUUUUUGACUCAAAAUAAUCAACAAUUGUUAGAUAGAUAUAAGUUGUCGGCUGAGGCAUUUGAAAAUGUUUGCAAGAUUGCAAGGAUGUCUAAUUUAGCGGGAAAACUUACAGGUUUUGGAGUUUCAAUCCAACAUUUACGGACAUCAAUUGCAGUGGAGUGAGAAUUAUUAAUUGAUUAUAUCAAAAUUAUCACGAUUAUAAAUAAUUAAAUAAUAGCAAUUAUCUAAUUGUAAAAGCAAUUAACAAGAUUAUUCGAAAACAAAAUUUUUCUAAAUGUUUAAUUUCUUAUUAGGCAAUAACGUUACAUAAUUCAUGAGCGACAAUUAAUAAACACGAUGUAUUGUAAAUCUCUCAAUUAUCGUAUGUUCUACUUUUUAACACAUAGAGAACAAAUUUAAAUAAACUAUACAUAAAAAUAUUUUCGAUAUACUUUAGUAUUAUUGAAACAAG